GUUGCGCCAUAGGGAGACCGGUCCCAGGAGCGGCACGAAGGCGUGCAAGCCCCUUCAACGGAGCCAUUCCUGGAUAUGUUUGACGUCGGGGAAGUAUGUAGCGCGUGGUUGAAGAAGCUAUGUUCCGACGCGAUAAAGCCCACGCUGCGAAAUGCACGGCCCUGCAAGGGAUGCCUCGCAGGAACCAAGGAGAACGCGUGCCCAACCACAACUGAGGAUUUCAGCCCCGGGACAAUUAAGGAGGACUUGACAGGUACGAAAUUGAAAAGUCCCUUUUUACCACCCAGUGGGAAGAAUCCUUCCCCUCCUCCCUCCCCCCUUGGUGUAAAGGGACCAAAAGGGACCAGAAGGGCCCAAGGAGGCGCAUAGGAGUUAUAUUAGGUAACCAUUCAGGAGCCACCUUCGAGCUCGAGAAUCAUUCGAAUUCCGGAGCGCCCAGGCGCGUAGUAGUCGGGGAUUUCUUCGCGUUCCUCAA